AUGAACAUUGUAGGAAAGCUCAGUUUAAUGAUACCGUGGAGUAUAUUCUUGCUUCAUUCACUGCUGUCCACUUUGCAAGAAGCUGAAAUCCAAACAAAACCCAAACUAGGCAAUGUUCCUGAUCCCAUUGAAUUAAAUGGGAUCUAUGCCAUCAAUUUCAAUGGGAGCAUCAAAACUGAGUCUAAUGCAACUCGACAGAAAAGAGAUCUUGUAACAGCCGAGGUUCAAUCUGCCUCUCGGUUGCACCAGCAUGGGGCCCUCAUGUGGAGUCCACCAGGAGGUUCAUGUCCUCAGGAGUGCCUUAAUGGAGCAGCCUGCACAGAGGCAGGUGACUGUGACUGUCAGUUAUUUCAGGCUCAAGGAAGCAGGUGCCAAAUUGUACCUAACACUGGCAAGGACCGAGAUGGGAUUUGCAAAUCCUGGGGACAGUAUAGUUUUGAAACAUUUGAUGGCAUCUACUACUACUUCCCAGGGAAUUGCUCCUAUAUAUUUGCAAAAGACUGCAGUACUCUGGAACCUCAGUACACUGUUUGGGUUCAUAACAGUCCUCACUGUUAUGGUUCAGUAUAUACUUGUCAUAGGUCUAUCAGCUUAUUUUUUUCAAACCAAGAAGAAAUAAUGAUUUCCGGACAUGAAGUAAGAAAAAAUGGAAUCAGAUUAACAUUGCCUCAGACAGUUGGAAAUGCUUUCAUUGAGAGACUGGCUGAUUAUAUUCUGGUGAAGACUACCUUUGGUUUUUCUCUCGCUUGGGAUGGAAACUCUGGUAUUUAUAUUAAGCUGACAGAAGAUCAUAAGGGAAAACCUUGUGGCCUUUGUGGAAAUUUUAACGGCAAUAAAUACGAUGACCUGAUACUUCAAAACAGUGAAUAUACAGAGGACAUUGCUGAAUUUGCAAAUAGCUGGGCUGUGCAAGCCUCAGAUGAUACAGUUUGUGUCCCUACUGCCUCAGAUUUUUCCAGUCCUUGCUCAGCCAAUGCAGAAUCCACUGAGGACAUAUUCUUCAAGUGCCAAAUAUUCCUACAGUUUCCUUUUCUCAGCUGUCAUGAAAGUAUAGAUCCGUAUUCUUAUAUUUCAAGCUGUAUGAAUGAUCUUUGCAGAGUGGAUGAUGAUGAAACAUACUGCAGGGCAGUGACAGAGUACGCUAGAGCAUGUUCUCACGCUGGGUCCCCGGUGCGGGACUGGAGGGAUGACUUUCCUGCCUGUACUGAGAAGUGUGAAGACACCUUUGUUCACCGUGACUGUAUCAGUUGUUGUCCACCUACUUGCACAUUUGAAAAGGAUUGUCUUGGCAGCAAUCUGCAUUGUUUAGAUGGCUGUUACUGUCCAGAUGGUCUCAUUAUGGAAAAUGGAACUUGUAUCUCUUUGUCGAAUUGUCCUUGUAUUUAUCAUGGAACUGCUUUCCCUGUAGGCUCAAAAAUUGAACAAGAAUGUAGCAACUGUAUUUGUGUUGGUGGCAUUUGGAACUGCACUGAUCAUGAUUGUCCAGCUGAGUGCUCCAUCACAGGCAGCUCUCAUUUCACGACAUUUGAUGGACGCCAUUUUACCUUUCUUGGGAUUUGCCAGUACAUUUUGGUAAAAGGCACCGGAAAAAACAAGUUCACAAUCACUUUACAAAAAUCACCCUGUGGACAGAACUUUGACCAUGCCUGCAUUGAGUCUAUAACACUGGUUCUUGAGGAUGAUGUGAGGAAACAAGUAACUCUCACAAGAUAUGGUCAAAUCCAAACUGUCCCUAACCAAGUUUUUAACCUCAACGGGGCUAUUGAAAUUCAGAAUAUAUCUUCUUUCUUUGUUCAACUGAAAACUAGUUUUGGUUUGAAGAUUCUGUUUGCUAAAGAUGGAGAGAGGAUCUAUGUUCAAGUUGAUGUCAGAUGGAAGAGAAGAACAUUAGGACUAUGUGGAACUUACAAUGGAAAUUUAAGAGAUGAUUUUCUAUCUCCAGCAGGGAUGAUAGAAGGGACCCCACAACUUCAUGCCAAUGCAUGGAAGGUUUCCUCAGCUUGCUCCAUGCCUAUCAAUAUUCCUGUGGUUGAUCCCUGCAAUGUGAAUCAGCAAAAUGCUGGGUAUGCAUCUCACUGUGAUAUCAUCAACCAAGACGUGUUUGCUCCCUGCCACGCCUACAUCAGUCCAGGGCUGUACUACCAGCUCUGCCGCUUCGACGCGUGCAAAUGCGGAAGCAGCUGCCUGUGCAAUGCUUUGGCCCACUAUGCUCAUGUCUGUGGCAAGCACGGCGUCGUCAUUGACUUCAGAUCUCAUGUUUCUUACUGUGCUGUGAUGUGUCACAGUGGUAUGCUUUAUCAUCAGUGCUCUUCUUUUUGUAAACAUUCCUGUGCUUCACUUUCUAUGGCAAAUAUCUGUGCUGAUGACUGUGCAGAAGGAUGUAAUUGUCCUGAUGGGAAGUAUUUUGAAGAGUCGAUCAACUUUUGUGUAUCAAUAUCUGGCUGUCAUUGUCAUUACAAAGGCAAAGCACUCCAGCCUGGAGAAAUCCUUCCUACGCCAACAGGUUCCUGUCAAUGUUUGAAUGGAACAGUGAAAUGUAUUGAAGCCACUACAGAAAACACAGUUCACAUAUGCCCUGAAGGAAAAAUCUACUAUGACUGCAGAUUUCCUGUGCCUGGUUUACCAGCAGCAGGUGUGAAUUGUGGGAUCUCUUGUGCCAACCUUGCCAUGAACUUCUCCUGUGUCCCCUCACCACCCUGUGCAAGUGGCUGCAUUUGCCCCCCUGGGAUGGCUGAGCAUAGAGGGAAAUGUUAUAUUCCUGACAGUUGUCCUUGCACCUGGAAAGACAGAGAAUUUCUGUCAGGAGAAGUGAUAGCUACUCCAUGUUACACCUGUGUUUGUCGGAGAGGCGUCUUCAACUGCACCACUUACCCCUGCCCUGCUGUGUGCACCAUCUAUGGAGACCGGCACUAUUACACCUUCGAUGGGCUGGAGUAUGAUUAUGUCAGUGACUGCCAAACUUACCUGCUAAAGAGCACAGAUAACUCAAAUAUAUCUAUAAUUGCUCAGAACAAAAAGUGCUUUGACAAUGAUAUUGUUUGCUCAAAGAAUGUUUUCAUCACUGUUGGAGACACUGAGAUUUAUUUUAGUGAACCUUCUGAGAAGCAGAAGACCCUAGGGGCACAAGAAAACAAAUCUAACUAUCAGCUCUGGAAGGCUGGAUAUUAUACUGUGAUACACUUUCCAGAACAGGACAUCACAAUUCUGUGGGAUAAGAAGACAAUGAUGCAUGUAAAAGUUGGACCUCGAUGGAAGGGCAAACUGGCAGGCUUGUGUGGGAAUUUUGACAAAUAUACUUCAAAUGAUCUGACUACAUCAAACAACAUGGAGGUGAGAAAUGCACAGGUGUUUGGAGACAGCUGGGUAUUAGGACAGUGCAAGAGCCCAAAUGAAACACUGAGACCAUGUGAAGUACAUCAGAGCAAGUUCCCUUAUGCAAAAAAGGAAUGCUCAAUUUUAUACAGUGAUCUUUUUGCACCUUGUCGCAAUGUGAUUGAUGUGACUUCUUUUAUCAAAAAUUGUCACACAGAUACAUGCAACUGCAAUCUUGGUGGGGACUGUGAGUGUCUGUGUACCAGUAUUGCAGCUUAUGCCCACAAGUGCUGCCAGCAAGGAGCAGCGAUUCACUGGCGAUCUCCUCUGCUCUGUGCUUAUGACUGUGAAUAUUACAACCAAGGCCUUGGUGAAGGACCCUAUAUUUUGGCAAGUUUUGGAGUGAAUGAUACAAUUAUAGGGGCUAAUGUAUCCAGCAGAAGGAUAUUUCCCUUGCCUAGAACUGGAGCACAUGGAAAUGUAAUUUUUAGUUUCAUGAUAACUCCAGGUCUUUUCAAAGAUAAAGAUUUAUCUCUGCCUCUUGUUUCCCUUGAAUCUGCUGAAAGACCAAACUACUUUCUGUGUGUACAUGACGAUGAAACCAUUGGGUUGGAGCAGUGGCAGGCAAAUGCCUCCUUUCAGAGACGAGCCACCUUCUUCCACCACCAGGGUCUCUGGAGUCCAGGGCUCAGUGCCUUCGAGCUGCACAGUAAAAAAGGUUUUUUCAUCAUUCUCACCUCAUCCAGUGUUAAAGUGGAAAAGUAUGAUGGUUCAGAAGAAUUCAAACAUUUCAGCAGCUUUAGUAUUGAAGAACUCAGUGCUUCUGUGCCUUACAGAAGGAUGUGUGAAUGGCGAUAUGAAUCUUGUGCUAAUCCUUGUUUUAAGACAUGUAGUGAUCCUGAAGGAAUAGCAUGUAAAUUUCUUCCUCUGGUUGAAGGAUGCAUGCCAUACUGUCCCAAAAACAUGAUCCUUGAUGAGGUCACACUUAGAUGUGUUUAUCCAGAAGACUGCAUACCUGUGACACCUACAGAAUCAGACAUUGGACUGAAGCCUUCUGUGUUAAUCUCUCACAUGGGUCCUACCACAGAGAGAUUUCCUGAGACACUCCCUGUAUUUGUUACUUCAAGGAAUAAAUCAACUCUCAUUGGUGUGACAGACAAAAUAACCAUAAAUGCAAACACAGCUUCAAGGGGAAUGAAUAUGUCGGCACAGUCCAUUACAGACUUUUAUUCAUUGGAAGCUUCUAAUGCAGCUACCUAUUCAACAUUUUCAUUACCAAGUACAGUGGAGCCUUCUGAUGUACUUCACAGCACAGCCAGCCCUACUGUCCUUUCCAAACCCAUCCCUUCAACAGAUUUUCCAGUUCUUUUUCAAGCCUCAGCAGUCACAUCACGUACUGCCUGCUCUAAUGCACCUAUAACUUUACCCAUUACAGUAACAACUCCAACAACCCUGCUUGGAGCACUAAAAACAUCCAUUGUAAUGCCCUUUUUACUAAUGCCUAACGCCUCUGAAAUCAGUUUAGAAAGCCAGGCCUCUAUGCCUUCACCUCCUCCUAAGACCACUCAUAUCUCUAAUGUUUCUCUAGGAAAACAGAGUUCUUCGGUAAGUUCUUCAGAAGAAGAUGGAACAAUAUCAGCCAUACCAGCUGGAAUCAUCACUCAAUCCACUACGCCAAUGAUCAGGAACACAACAGUGAAUGCUACAUCCUCAAAAGCACCUUAUAUUUUUGCAAAAAUGCUACCUAGUUCUUCAGCCAGUUUAUUAGUUACUUCAGGUACCACCACCCUAGCCUCCAGGAUUACUACAAAAACUGCUGAUUCUUUUGUUGUCAAUUUGGAUUUUUAUAUGACUUCAGCUUCAGUUCCUACCACCAUAGAAACACACAAAUCUUUAUUUACAACUGCAGUAACUCAAGCUUCACAGAGCACUAGAGAAACUCCGAAGAUUACUAUAAUGAAAACAACUGGUAGUACGAAUCCAUUAUCACAGAUGAAGAGUACCUCAUACAUAGCAUCAGAAGUUAAAUACACAACUUCAUUUGAAAAAACUGUGGAUAUUUCAGAAGAUGGUCAGACAUCACAUGAGCAAAAAAAUACUACCAAGAUAAAGACAACCACAACUGACAAAUCUUCCCCACCUUAUUUGCCAGUAACUGCACUUCAGAGUCUGCUUUUUUCAAGAAAUACAACCUCAGUCAAAAAUAUCUCUGUUUCUGGAGUCCUGGAUGUAAUGACAUCAGAUAGGUCCAAAAUCCCAACACAGAAACCCAUUACACCUUAUUUUAGUGUAACAGAGGCCACAGAGCUGCAAACCAGAGCUAUGAUAGAUUUAUCUCUUUCUAGUGGUGGAAUGGCUCUGCCUUCCUCAUCAGAAACGAUGGCUGUAGCUGACAAGGCUUACUUUGGCACCAUGAUGCAUGCACUGAUAUCUACAUCUUCUGAGUGUGUGCCAAGAUACCUUGAACCUGUUGACAAAUGUAGCCAGUAUGUAUGUGUUAAUACGGCUUGGAUGUUAUACAAUCUUUCAAGGAACUGCCCUAAGGAUGUGCAGAAGCCAGACUGUGGUUUUCGAGGAAUGCCUGUUCAAAUUAACACUGACAGCUGCUGUCCAGAAUGGGAAUGUCCCUGUCAGUGUUCUGUACUGUCUGAACUGAGUGUUAUUACAUUUGAUGGAAACAACAUAGCCCUCUGUAAUAUGGCUUCCUAUGUUUUAGUCAAGUUACCAGGAGAAAUUAUUGUUGCUCAUAUUGAAAAAUGUCCUGCUAAUCAGAGUGCAAAUUCAAUAAGAAAACUAGUGCCACCUGCAAACACUUCAGGGCUCUGUUUUAAGAAAUUAAAUGUCACAACACAUACUUGUCAAAUACUUAUCAAUCGUUUAGCAAGAAAAGUAGUGGUGGAUUCUGUAAUUCAACCAUUGCCAUUUUCAAGAGAAGGACUGAGUAUUCAGGACACUGGUGCAAUGUAUGUGGUUAAUACCCCAGCUGGUUUUAGCAUCAAGUGGGCUCAUGUUACAGGCAUCAUAGAUAUACAGUAUGGAUUACACUCCAACACAACCAGGAAGACAGAAGGACUUUGUGGGGUGUGUAAUGGAGAUCCUAGUGAUGACCUGAAAAUGCAAAACAUGACCAUAAUUACAAAUAUGGAGGAAAUUGAAAUGUUCAUUAAGAGCUGGGAAAUUGAGAAAUCACUUGAUGUAACAACCAGGAGGCCAGUAAGAAACUGUACUGAAAAUAACUGCACAUACUGUAUGGAACUGUUAAACAGAAGUAUUUUCAUCCCUUGUCACAAGAAAGUGUCACCACAGGAAUUUUGUGAGAAGAUGUGGAUCAACAGUACUAAUUUUUGGAACUAUGAGUGUGAUGCACUUUCUGCAUAUGUGGCUUUAUGCAACAAGCACAGCAUCUGCAUUAAAUGGAGGACACCUGAUUACUGUUCAUUGAGCUGUCCUGAGGGCAAGGAAUACCAGCCUUGUGUGCAACCCUGUGAAGCCAAGACAUGCUUGAAUAAAUGGUUCUAUGAAGAUUCUCCCUGUUCCUAUUUAAGGGAAGACUGUGUGUGUAAAAAUGGCACCAUUCUGCACAGAACAGACUCAGACCUCUGUAUACCAGAAGAGAAAUGUACAUGUACAGAUAAUAAAGGACAACCCCGCUCUGCUGGGGAGAUCUGGAAUGGGUCCAUGAGAGGGUGCUGCAUGUAUGGCUGUUUAGAAAAUGGAAGCAUUAUUGCUGUAGAACCUGAGUGCAGUGAGGAUCCGCCACCAGUCUGUGAAAGAGAAGGGGAAGUUCUACUCCAUGUCAUUGAAGAGAAAGCUUGUUGUCCCAAGAAAGUCUGUGAAUGUAACAUGUCGUUGUGUGAUGCCAUUAUUCCAGCAUGCAAACCCAAUGAAAAAUUAGUGGUAGGCUACCACCCCCUGUCCUGCUGCCCACAGUACCGAUGUGAAUGUGAUCCUUCAGUUUGUUUUAAUGCCUCCCAGCCUGACUGCAGAGAAGAUCAGUUUAUUGUUGAGGCAAAACAGGAAGAUCCCUGUUGUUUCUCUCAUCUCUGUGUUUGUGAAUCCUGUGUUGAACCUGUUCCCUUGUGUGGUGAAGGGGAAAUUCUCACUGUAGACCUAAAUACCAUACACUACUGUUGUCCUCAUUACUACUGUGUUUGUGAUGAAAAUCUUUGUUCUGAGCCUCCUAUGAUUUGCACAGAUGACAUGACACCUGUGAAGGAAAAAAUACUUGGGCAAUGUUGUCCAGAAUGGCACUGUGAAUGUAGUUGUGAAAAUGCUACCAUGCUGACCUGUAAAUUGGGAGAAGUUAAAAAAAUAGAUAGCAGUGUUUCCAGUGCUUGUGGAUGCACUCACUACAUUUGUGAGAAGGAUGAUGUGUGCAUCUUCCAAGAGGUCACAGUACUGAAUCCUGGACAGUCAGUGAUUCAGUACUUGGAUGGAGACCUUUGUUACACUGUACAGUGUUUACAAGAAAAAGAUCAGAACACAGGCUACAAUGCCAUGCAUUUCACAAUGAUGAACUGCUCCCAGCAAUGUGAAGCACAUCAAGUAUAUAUUCCUUCCUUCAGUCACCAGACUUGUUGUGGUACAUGUCAAAACGUGUCCUGCUCUUUUCAUACAGAGAAUGGAACAAUGAUUUUGUAUGAGGUGGGAAGCACCUGGACCUCCAACUGUACCAACUACAAAUGUGUAAAGACCGCUGCAGGGGCUAUUGUACUGGGGUCAAGUGUUGUCUGUCCCCCAUUUAAUGACACUGAGUGUACAAAGAAUGGAGGAAUUGUGCAGACGUAUAAUGAUGGCUGCUGCAAGACCUGCAAAAAGGAAGAAAGGAUUUGCCAGAAAAUGACAAUCAGGACAACCAUAAGAAAAAACGACUGUAUAAGUCAAAGCCCGGUAAAUGUGGCUUCGUGUGAUGGAAAAUGCCCAUCUGCAACAAUUUUCAAUGUCAAUAUUGAUAGCCAUCUAAGAUUCUGUAAAUGUUGUCGAGAAAUUGGAACACGAGUUGUGACUGUGCCCUUGCGCUGCUCGGGAAACGGCACCGAAAUCCUGUACGUCAUUCAAGAGCCCAUAGACUGCUCAUGCCAGUGGAACUGA